AUGUCCAAGAAUAAAAGUAGGAACAGCUUGUUGUUCAGCAGCAACCGCUCAACACAAUCUGCCAGUGAUAAAGAUGAGUUGAUAGCCAUGAAGUUUCUGAUGGAUAAACCGAAUCUCGAUAUAUAUCCAUUGAGUGUCGGAGUUGAAGAUAAAAAAGAAAGUAACACCAAGCAUUCUUAUCCAGAUUUCAAGCCGUGGAGGGAAAGUACACCCACAGAUCCAGGCAGCUUUAAUGAUGCCGAAGCACUGAAAGAAAAUAAUGCAUCGUAUUUGAACAAAGGGUAUUACGAGCCACCAGCGGUACCAAAUGAAUAUUCUUCAGCACGAAGUUUGGUCCAGGCGUCUCUCUUUUCGUCAUCAGAUCUGCCAAACGAAGCGUUGGAGGAUUUAUCUCGUAUGAUGGCCGGGGCAUUUAAAUCCCGGAAUGAAUCAAUUAAUAAAAUCAAGCAUGAUACCCACCAAUUUAAGAUACCUCCCCGUGUCACUCUCACGGCUCUGAAGAAAGAAGCCUGGCUCCGUGACCUUGCGGACCCCGAAAUCCCAUUGUCCAAAAUAUCUGGCAAACUUCCGCAUGGUAUAAGGAAUAAAAUCUUGGUCGAAAGCAUGUGCAACAAAAAUGUGCCAUUACCUCGAGCUAUAUGGUUCACGAAAUGCAUUCUCUACUCCGAAAUACAAGCGCUUAAAAAGAAGUAUCACGCAAAAUUGACAGGACCCAGAUUUACUUCCACCAUUGUCAACUACGAACUCCACUGGCUUCACGAAUGGACCCAACAGGUCGCCGAUUACGUUCAAAAAUUUGCAAGAGAGAUGAAUGGCAUUAGCCUGACAGAGAAAAAGUCGGCAUAUAUGUCCAAACUAUCUUAUCUUUUGCGGUAUCUUCAGUCGUUGUACUUGGAAUGCCUUAUAGAUCGACGCCUUUUUCUCUCGUGCAUCAUCAAUAUUCUUAGAGAGGGUCUUCCAUUGGAAGCCAAGCAGGUGUCAGAAUUGAUUUCAAUGUCAUGGGAAGACUCAGAUAAGCACUUGGAUCUUUUGAACGGUAUCGAAAAACACUAUGGACAAAGAUUAAUUGCACUCAUGCUUAUUAAAUCAUUCUGGAAGGUGAUACUUCCUUUGGAUUAUUUGUGCAAAGAACUAAGCGAGGCUCUACUUCUCAAUUACUAUUUCCUUCGACGUGCAUCAACCUUCAAUCCAAAACAACCACCCCAAAAACAAAACUCCAACGCUUUACCUUCCAAGUUGAAACUGACCAUUCUCGAUUUGGUAGCAGAGUCUAUCAAGUAUCUAUUCAAGCACAACUCAAACACGUUUAUCCUUCCUAACUAUUGGGUGCUUACCAGCGAAGAGUUAUCAAGCAUAUUGCUCAACGACAAGGAUUCGAAAAUGGAAGAGGUUCAACUCAUCAAAGAUCAACUCAAAACUAUCAAGUAUAGAAAUGAAAGCUUGAUCUUAAAUUCCAAGCAUAUUCAGGCAGUGUCUAAUGAGCAGCAGCACGAUUUUGCAACCAAAGCCAAGUAUCUGUCCCAAACGACAAAAGAUGAACUGGUAUCGACGGAGGCAGAUUAUUGGUUCAUCAACAGAAGCCAAGGUGAUUUGCUAAAAAUUGUCGAUUCGCUAGAUCGUUAUCGUUUGGAUGAUGGCUUGGCUAUACUCUUACGUCCCCAACAGGAAAAUAGCCGAUGGCGCAUAUACUUGAAGUUAUUGAUACACUGGUGUAUUACCGACUACAGAGAUAGUGCAAUUUCGAGUCAGGGCAUAUUAAUUGCCUGCAACUUUAUCAAAGGAAAGGUUUUGUACAAGCGGAUUGACUCCCAGAAAAAAGCCGAAUUUGAAAGUGAAAUUCUUGAAAUAAUAUACCAAGUGGUUUCAGAUCCUACAGCGAAGAUCAAAUCGUAUAGUCUUUACGUCUUGAUCAAUGAGUUGUACCAGCUAAAAAUUAUCACUAUAUCUUCAUACAUUAGGAGACUCAUUGCAUCGGGAGUUUUCUACGUCUCGCCCGAGGAAAGCUCUCAAAAGCUCAUUUUGAACAAUGAAAUCAGUACUCACUUGAGUAUAUUGAAAAACCUCCCAGUGACAAAUAACAAGCAAUGUGACAGCAUAUUGAGAAAAUGGGUACUGGACGAUUUCAAUUUCAAAACUAAAUUUGAUACGGGGAAAAUUAUUUUGCAAGAAAAUAUCAUUGAGAAUCUACUCGAAAGCAAAGAAAAGGCGUUCGUUCAAGGUUCGGGUAUUGAAUAUUUCCAAAAUUUGGAAGUUGGUUUGAAAUUCUUGUUGAUAAACUGGCUUACUACCCAACUCAAAAAUACCAUCAUGAGUUCCACCAAGCUUAUCCACGUUUACCCCUCGACGAUUUCCAUUUUGUAUGACCUUUUUUGUGCUUGUGACAACUUAACGGUAUUUUUCAAGGGAAUAAUCAAGCUAGUUUUGAGAAACGAUGGCGGUAUAAUUAUCUUUUACCUUGACUCGUUAUAUCUCAUAGCGAAAUUGGUUGUUCGUCACUUCAAACUUAUAAAGUACAUCACAACGUCGCCUUCCGAAGUUCCUACGAUUCUCGAACUAAUGAAACUUAUUCUUCUCCAUUAUAAAGAUCUUCAGUCUCGAGACUUCGAUUACACAAAGUUUAGAAGUAUAUGGAUAUUUUUUGAGUCGAUGAUCAGUUCGAGUGAAUUGCAAUUUAGCUCGGUUUGGGACCACAAGACAAUGCAGAAACCGAAGAAUAAAGGUACGGUUGCAUUGAGCUCCACCGAGAUUAUAGCAGAAUGGUCUAAUCCUUGGCAAAAUGUGUCUCCUUCUACUGAGGACCUCAAGACUGUUCUCGAUGACAUCAUUGCAGAACCAGUUCCCUUAUUGAGCGAAGAAGAACUUGGAGAGUCAUGUAAGACAUUGAAGGUUACUUUGGCUUCAAACACAGUUCUUGACAAUUUUUCACAACUACUUAUCAAGUUUGAUGAAACUUUGGGGAACCUUCAAUACGACGAGGAGGUGUCUUUGAUUCGUUUGAUAGUACACCACGACAGACUACUUAAAGCGAGCAAAGAAUCUACAGACGUGAGCACACUCAUCAAAGCUCAUAUUGGUGAAAUGAGUGAUUCAACAAAAAUACUUCUCUUAUUAAAAAAGCUACUUUGUUACGAGCUCAUCGAUUAUCUGCUCGUUGUCCAGCUACUAACAAGUGAAAACUACGGCUUCUCCGCUGAAAGCAACUACGAUACAAUCAUGCAAGUAUUGUUUGGAAAGAAUGUUAGGACUGGUAUAUUUUCUAAUCAGCAAGUAAUGCUCCAGAUUCUUCGGGAGACUUAUCUUACAAAAAAUUCGGUUUCUGUGCUUCCCAUUAUAUUGAAAAGUUUCAAACGCACACAGUCUCAUGUUCCUGUCGAACAAAUACUAAAGGAGAAUAUGCUUUCAGUUUUAAGAGGUUGCUGCCUUUAUCACAUUAGGGACGUCAUCGAUGAACUAGUGAAACAUCUCACAAAUUCAGAGAUAAUAAGGGUAUGCAACGAAUUAGCAGGUAUCUCGCCAGACUCUAGCAUCAGUUUGAUCAAUGAUAUUCCUGUCCUUGGAAAGGUAGCAAACGAAUUUAGUCUACCUAUAUGUCAAAUUUUGUUGAGGACUAUCACCCUGAAUGAAUUGGAAUACUUGGGAACACUGGAAGCUUCCAGGCAGAUUGAAAUCAUUACCGAAAGUUUGCUAUACUCGUUUCACAGUGAUCUUUUGAAGGAUAACUCUUUCUUUGGUGAGAUCACUAAUUAUUGUGGUCCUGAGUACAAGUAUAUGUUUUUGCGUGUUCUUGAAACCAAGUUUUUGACAUGCACGAAGUUUGACGGAGGGCGGCUCUCCUUGUGCACCGAACAAGGGGAGAACCUCUUUCCAAUACUAAAGGACUUUUUCAAGAAAUUUUCUGUUUCGUAUACCAGAGACGCUGUUACUGGAGAACUUUUUACUGAAUUGAACAAGUUUUUGCAGGAGCUCCUUCCAAUCGCAAAGUCGCCAAGUAUAGAUGAAAACACUGCUGUUGACCUACAAAAUGCAAUUUCCGUAUACUUGAGAAUAAUCAUCAUUCACAAAGUGCCAUUGAUUACCACGAUAAUAACCAAAGAUGGAGAGAAGUUUACUUUUGUUCGUAACUUGAUCGAGCUACUCAAGUCUAACUUUCUUUCCUCCAACAACGAAAGUCUACGGAUUCUAUUGUAUGACCUUUUACUACUCAUGAAGAGUUCCUUGACACUGGCACUUACGCUUCAAGCAAAUGGAAUGUUUGAAAACUCUCCGGCUGCAACACAGGAUGACUUCAACGGAAACCAGGAGAUUGACGCCCCACCAACGGAGCAACAUAGCAAGCAGCUCUUUGUUAAUGAUGCAAUCUCGUCAAUUUCCCGUAUCUUCAACCUACCUGAACCAAGCACCUCAAAUCCAUUCGAAGCGUACAAGAAAGAAGAAAUCCAGGCAUGUUCGAUUAUGCUUGACGAGGAAGAGCUCAAUUGCGGAUCAGAUUUUGCUGCGUUCAAUGAUUCAGGACUUGUGGCCGUGCCAGUGGAUAAGAAGAGAAGUUCAAGUGAGAAAGUCAAGCCCUUCAAAAUCAAGAGUUUUGAGAUUAUCGAAGGCUCUACCAAUGGAUCCGAAGACCUCAACGACAGCUGCAUAAACCUCCUGAUGUUUGGUGCGUAUGUGUUGCGAGAGAAUCCUCUUUAA